CUGAAAGUAUCCGUUACAAUUCUGUCCAGGAUGCAUAGAGCGGCAACCGCAAACAUCAGCGUGUGAUUGGAACUUAUAUCGGAAGCUUUACGGUUGAACGAGCAGUUAAUGCAGAAAUAAGCAGUAGAAAGAUCUUCAUCCACCCACUUCAUGUGUUUGGCGCCCCAGCUACAGCAGCAGGACACAAGCUUAAAAGGACGAGCAUUAGGGCAGCGUCGAAACGUUGCUGCAAGCGCAACAAUUGCGUCGACCGAACGUCUCAUCUAUUCAAAGCAGUACUGGAGCGACGUUAAAAGGAGAAAUCCGAGGCACUCUCGAGAAGAAUUCCUGUGCAACGUCAAGAGCGCUUUCGCUGUUGCUGCUGCUGCUGUGCGCGAUGCAAACGAAAAACAUGUUGCUAAUGGCAGAGCAGCACUGGGAAAUAGAACAGCAGUGCCGCCAUCACCCAAGUCAUCGUGUGUUUGUGUAGGACGUGUCAUCAUAGCCCACGGUGGAAAAAGGCUAGCUUUUCUAAGAAAGUUAGAUAUUUUCCGUUUCGGUCCCUAGACUAGACAGUCCCAUCCCAUCACCGGCGAUGCACAGCCUGGAGCGGGGUCUGCAGCUGAACAAAUAGAAGGCAAACACACAAUUUCAAUGAUAAUCAUCAUCUGAUAGCGGAAAUAAUCGCAACCAAUUUCGACACCGUGUUCCCCUCGUGCUGCCAGCUGCUGUGGGACGGGAGUUGAGCACAAAUUUUAAGGCGCACGACAGUGACGCCAUCAUUCGCCCAUUCGCCUCCAGGAUCUUGGGACGGUGACUGUUCUAUGCUGAGCUGUUCAAGCUCGGUCGGACAAAUCGGCAUCCUAGAAUAGCGGGGUGGGAAGUGUUGGGAUAAAUCGCAUCAUGUGUACGGGCACAAGCUGCGCGAGGACGAAAAUGAGUGCACGGACUGGUAAUGACACAGUGCAACAUUGCACCCAACCUAAGCGAACGGGUCGACGAAGGCCGGGAUGCGUUCGGGUUGGUGUGAUGGUGGUGCUGUUAUUAGUGCAAUUGCAGCUCAGCAUAUCGCGGGCAACGGAAGAGUCCGACUUUACGAAACAGUGCAGCAACUGCAAGUGCAGCUGGAAGAGCGGGCGCAAGAGUGCGGACUGCACGAACCAGCGGUUACCCGUGGUGCCACAGGAGCUGAGCAACGAGCUGCAAAUCCUCGACCUGUCGCACAACCAAAUAGACGAGCUGCCCUCGAAAACGUUCGAGGCCGCACAUCAGACCAACCUGCAGAAGCUGUACCUGCGGCACAACAGCAUGAAGCGGGUGGAUAGGGAUGCGUUCCGCAACCUGACCAUCCUGAUCGAGCUCGAUUUGGCGAACAACAAUCUGACCGCGCUCGAGGCUGGCAUGUUUGAUGAUCUCACCAAGAUACGGGUGAUCAUUCUGAACAACAAUCAGAUCGAGCGGAUCGACAACAGCCUCUUCAAGGGGCUGCAGUUCUUAACGAAGGUGCAUCUGCGUAGUAACCGGCUGGUGCGGAUAGCGCAGAACAGCUUCGUCAACGUGCCGCACCUGUCCCAGAUCGAGCUCGACUACAACGAGCUGCAGUCGCUGCGGAAGGAAUCGUUCUCGGGGCUGGAAAAACUGACGAGUCUGUCGCUGACGAACAACCCCUGGAACUGCAGCUGUACGCUGCGCAGCUUCGCCGACUACGUGAUGACGAAGAAUCUGUACACCUCGCCGACGGCUUGCAGCGUGCCGAAGUCACUCGCCGGCCGCCAGUGGAACGAGAUCGUGCUGGAUGACUUCGCCUGCCCGCCGGGCAUCAUCGAGAACCGGAUGCAGUUUCCGAGCUCGAGCGAGAACGCCACGUUCAUCUGCAAGGUGACCGGACUGCCGUUGCCCAAAAUUGACUGGCUGUUUCAGAAGCGUCCCUUCUCGCGCCACGAUCAGCGGCUGCGCGUUACCGAAGCCGUGCGGACGAGUACGCGCGACCAGAGCGAGUAUCUCGUGUCGGAGCUGACCAUCGUUGGCGUGCGCCCGACCGAUCGGGGCACGUACGUCUGCAAAGCGACCAAUCGCGGUGGCAUCGAUGAAAGUGAACAGUUCUUCGACCUGAAGGCGGAUCCGCACCCGAUCACAUCGGCGACCCGCUCGAAGGACAUUCUGCAGAUCGUGCUGCUGGUCGUGGUGCUAAUACUGCUGUUCGUGGUUAUUGCAUGGGUAUUGCUGUACUGCAUCUGCUGUAAAAAGCGGCGCUUUAAGAAAAACUCUACGAUGAGCGAAAACGGGCUGAUGAACACGAAGAUGAUGGACAAAUCGCAGAACGAUUCGAUCCUGGACAGUGGGUCGGUCAUCGUGGAGAUGCAGAAGAGCCUGCUGACGGAGGUCAAUCCGGUGGAGAAGCCACCGCGACGGGUUGACAUAGAUGCGGGCGAAAAGGGCCCGGGAAGUGGCGGCCAGAGUGCCGGUAGCGUUGACUACGACGAGAAACACGAAGCCAAGCGAACGCUGCUGGAAGAGACUGGUUUUGUCGCCCAGGAUGAGGAAACAGCUUCGGUGGCGCUGUCGGACACGAACCCGCGCUCUCGUGCCACCUUCGUAGAUGACGGGUGCGGGACCAACCUGCCGCCGGAUCUGCUCGCGUUCCCGGCCCGCUUCCCACAGUCGCCCUCGAUACAGAGCUCGAUGUCGAACAUCCACGAUGGGCGCAUCUACGGUAAAUCGCCACUGGCCAGUCCCAUCUACCAGACCGGGCCAGGCACCAGCUUAGGUGGGAGCGGUUCCAGCCAAAUGCCCGCCGGUUUCCGCACACUGCAGCACCCGAAAACGGGUCGAACGAUAGCGAUUGCGGCCGGCCGCGCUAACUCACCGUUUACGCCGGCCCCACUGAUCUAUCCGCCGGUUGCGAUGAAGCACCAGGGCUACGUGACAAUCCCGCGCAAACAGCGUACCCCCAGCUGGACGCCGUCGAUGAGCUCGGCGGUGACGGCAGAACUGUUGCCGGUGGGUGGCCAUAGUGGCGCCACCAGUCCCACCUCUCCUAUCGACAUGUCGCUCAGUAUGUGCGAACCGGUAUACGACAACCUGGGUCUUCGGACGACGGCCUCCGGCAACUCGACGCUCAAGCUCAACAAGACGGCACACCGGGGGUCUCCGCUUGGGUCCACCGCGUCCGGUACCGCGCUCACGUCAACACCGAUGGCAAAGUACAGCAUGAAGGAUCGACCAUUGCCCGCCACUCCCGGUGGGCAAACGGCCACGCCCAACAGUACCGUGUUGGGACACGGCGGUGGUAACUACGAGGCUAUACCCGAGGCACUGCCCUACACGGGACAAUCAACGGCCGCCAGCUUGAGCGGGUUCGACCUAGAUCAGUCCUCCAUCUACGGUCCAGCGAUGACGACGAAUCGUAGCAAAAUCCCGCCGAGACCACCGCCCAAACCGAAGAAGAAGCCGUCACCGGUGGGCCUCGUUACGACCGGUGACGACCAGCGGUCAGCGCCGAGUGGCCAGGUUCCGAAAAGCAGCACCAACACCAGCACAAGCCCGCUGGUGGUCGAGGAAUGUGACGACGGUACUGAGGUCUAGUGGGAGCCGAGGCUCACCUUCCGCCACGGGACCAACAAACUCGCUCGUAGCGCAUCACCCAACCGGGACGCAGGACGGCGUGGGCGAGCGUGUAUUGGGUAGACCUGUUAGUACGGUAGUGCGUGAGUAUGAAAGCCCUUAAUUUAAUUCUAGCAUUUAGCAAGUUCUCCCCCACUGUACGUAUCUGACCGCGCAUAGUUUCACCAAACUCUUAACGAUCGAAUCGAGUGGAAGGUCUGGUACGGUACUGGAUGGACGAAUAUGUGGCGAACGCGUGCAACGCACAGUAAAAUAAAAAAAAACAAUAGCGUAAACGAAAUGCAAAACGAUAGCGAUCCUUGCGUGGACGUGGAAAAAGACA